UGCCACGGUAACUGUCAUCAGCUAAUGUGGCUUUUGGCUAAACGACAAGUUUUAUUUGUACCGAAAAAUGGCGUCAAGGAACAUCGACCCUUUGUCAGCGGAGGAGCCUUCAGAAGAGGAGAGAGGAGCGUGGAGCUGGGAGUCUCAGGUCCCAGUGAAGGUGUUGCAAGCUCACAACGAUGCUGUGACCACAGCUCGAGUCUGCUGCGACAAUCGCUGCAUCCUGAGCUGCUCCUCAGACUGCACCGCUGUCCUCUGGGAUGUGGGGAGCUGUCAGCCUCUGAGGACGUUUGAUGGAGUUCACAGUAAAGCCAUCACUGAGUGUGCUCUGAUCCCAAACAGCAACAGGAUGGUCACAGUGUCCUGGGAUAAGAAGAUGGUGGCCUGGGACCUGGAGACCGGACUCACUCUGUGGAAAUCGAGGCAGCUCGGCCUGCUGACCUCCUGCAGCUCCUCGUCCGACGGCCGGCUGGUCGUUUGUGCUGUAAAUCCUCAGAAUGGCGUUUCCGUCUGCGACGCCGCCAGCGGACAGAUGUUGCACCACGUCAGCGAUCUUCACCGCUCCUGCAUCACUCGAUGUCGGUUCGACCCUCAGAGCCAGCGAGUGGCCACCGUCUCUGCAGACCGCAGCGUCAAACUGUGGGACCUGCGGGCGCAGAAAACCACCGUGUCCAUCGACAGUAACCAUGGAAACGUCGUCUCAGCCUGCUGCUUCACCAGCAACGGGCACUUCCUGUGCACGGCGUCGUGGGACAAGACGCUGAAGCUGUGGGACCUGCAGGCGGGGGGGUUCCGAUCUCACGGCGGGACGCCGCUGCAGGGAGGCCACGCAGGCAGCGUGAGUGCCUGCUGCCCCGCCGCUGCUGACGCGAACCUCCUGGUGUCCGCCUCCUACGACAGGACUGUUGCUCUCUGGGAUUUGUCGUCUCUCUCUCAGACUCUCGUGCUGAAGGGCCACAGUGAUUGGGUGACAGAUGUGUCAGUGAGUGCUGACGGGAAGUUGGUGGCUUCUUCCUCCAAGGACGGGACUGUUCGGCUGUGGGACAUAGAGAACAUGGAAGAAAUCCCAGAGGUCAUGAAGAAGAGGAACGCAGAGGGAGCGGGAAUUCACAUCCUCAAGUGUGAAGAGUGUGGAAAGCCAUUCCCAGUGUCCAGACUGCUGACCUCAGAGCUGCUCACGCAGUGCGUCUUCUGUCGCCUCAAAUCGCCACCCAGAUACCGACCGCAGCCGCCACUGCUUACAUGACUUCCUGCGCAGGAGGAAAUGUUGCACUAAGUUUUGCAAGGUGUUUGGUGGCUCAUAUAAGCUUUACAUCACCUCCACCUCCACCCACGCUGCCAAGCUCAUGAAUCCAGUCUGAGGUGUUUCUGGAUGGACUUCAUAUGUUCUGCUGUGUCUGUGGGUCCUUCCCAGUCUAAAGACAUGCGUGUGGUGAUUUGAAGUUGCCCACCCGUGUAAGCUCUCCAGGAUGUGUCCAGCUGACCCACGUAGGUGGUUACACAGCAUAUCAAUAAAGAGAGGUCCAAGGAAGGAAGCGAAUAUGAUUUAUUGAAGUACAGAAUUCAUUUUGAGAUAUUUGUCUCUGAUGGCAUUGAAUCCCGGCGGGAUCGGGAUUAGUGCAGGGACACCGGUGGUGGAGAUGAAGAUGCUUGAAUGGAGGUGGGUUGCACAAAGGCAUCUGCAAGUGAAAUGGCAGAUGUGCACAGAGAUUUAAAGUACGUGUAAAGGUUGAUUGGCCUGAAAGAUGAUUGGACCAGACCAGUGAUGUCACAAUCAGCUGACAGCAUGGGAAAGUGGAAGUGAUGUGAUGCGUAGAUUAGCCACCAAACAUCUGGGUGUGUUGAACUCAGCUGAAGUGACGCCUGAAAUGCAUCUUUGGAUUUCAGUAACUUGUAGCUUUUUUAGAUAAAGGUUAAGCGUAGUGGUUGAUGAUGUCAUCGAGCUUUAGUUACACACACACACACAC